AUCAGUUCGCUUCCACUGCUUCUGGUGGGGAAGGUCAUCUACUUUGCGACUACACAUGGUUGGACCUCGGACGUUCAUAGUGAGCCUCUUCUCUUCGUUUCGCGAGUCACAAGUUUUUCGAGUUUUACCGAUACUGUUCUAAUGUGAUUUUAACUGGACCUAUCGGUUUUUGUGUUGAUACUGAACCGGGAAUGAAGUGAGAGAAAGUUGAGUGAAAGAAUCGAGUGCAAUGUACAGAAUACUACCACUUCUACUAGUCUCCUUUGCACAUGGCAAUAAACAGAUGGUUUAUUACCCUGAUGAUGAUGGCAAUGUUAUUUACAACAACAAAGCAUAUCAUGUGCAAUCUCCCUUAGUUCCCUUUGGAAGUUUCGAAGGACCGAAUCGGUUCAAUCAAGGACAUGGUGCUUCGGUGACUAAACAUGUCCAAAUACCCCCAAGAGGUACUCCUGAGUAUGAAGCAUUUGUUACUGAAGCCAUUUCGUCAGGACUAAUGAAACUUACAGUAGCAAUCAACAAAGUGAUUACAAAUCAGUCAAGAAAUCAAUAUAAUAAUAUUGUGUUUGCACCAGUCAGUGUGGCAGCUUCUUUGGCCCUUGUUCUGCUGGGAGCUAAUGGAAAGACCUACCAAGAAAUUUCUACACUUUUGGGAUUUGCAACUGGAGUACCAGAUCUUGACAAGAAAUCCCAGAUUGUUCAUGAGCAAUUCGGCAAAAUGAUUUUGAAACUGGAAAGGACUUCAGGGUUUAUAAUGGAAUCGCAAGUCAACUUUGCAAUAGCUAUCUUCGUUCAGAACAACUUCCCUAUAAGAAAACUUUAUAAGAACACUGCAGAAAAUAUCUACCAAAGUGAGGUAUUAAAUCUUGAUUUUGAACAGAACCCAUUACAUGCUCAGAAAUCUAUAAAUGCAUGGGUUUCUGAUAGAACAAAAGGCAAAAUCAAGGAGGUGCUGGCAGAUGCGCCAUCUGCUGACACCAAAGUCAUAUUAGCCAGUGCUAUGUACUUCAAUGCUCAAUGGGAAUAUCCAUUCUAUGAAGGAGCAACAAAAAGACGCAGAUUCUACACUAAUGGCAAAAACCAACCUAGCGAUAUAUGGGUGGAUAUGAUGUCGAAUGGUGGAGACUUCCCCUAUUACAAAGAUAAAGUCCUUGACUGCGAAAUAAUUGGAUUUCCAUAUAAAGGAAAUCGUACAACAAUGUAUGUAGUGAAACCAAUGAAUUCAACUAAAGAAAAACUAAAAUCAUUGGAAGAUGUUCUAACCUUGGAACAUCUGCAAAGAUUGGUAUCAAAUGUACAAAUAACAUCAUCUGUGAUUUUAUUCCCAAAAAUGUUGAUAGACUCUACAUUAGAUUUGAAGGACCCAUUGAAACACUUGGGAAUUUCUUCACUCUUCAAUCCUGCUGAAGCUAACUUGGCUCUACUGUCUCCAGGUGCUACAGCGCCUAUUGGAAAUCUGACAGGAACAGUAAAUUUGGGGAAUUCAGUCAUUAAUCCUAUAUCACCUACUAUUCCCAAAAAUCAAUAUGAAGGGAAUGAUUCUGUAUUGAUUUUUAAUAGAUUUGGAGACACAGUCAACUGUACAGACCUAUUUGAUAAAACUAAUAAUAACGUGACAACAUGCGAACAAAUCGUCUCCAAUACAACUAAAAAAGUCAUUUAUAAAAAAAUUGGUGACAAAAUUGGAAGAAGAAUAGCAAGAAAAGCUAGGUCUUUUGCAUCAGAUGAUCUCGAUAGUCUACGAGAAAAUAUUAACAGACCUGAAAAUCCAACUAAUUUUGAAAAUCCAGGACUUUUCGCAGACAGGGUGAUUCAUAAAGUCUAUAUGCACAUAACUGAAACUGGAACUGAGGCGGCAGCUACAACAGUUUUUGGAUUAUCGAAAUUAGGCAGCAGAGUCAUUUUUAGGACGGAAGUUCCUUUCUUCUUCUUUAUAAUGCAUGAAGAAACUAAAGUUGUUAUGUUUUGGGGUUCAGUGAACCGCCCUACACCAUUUUACUCAAGUGAUUCAUCCCCAUAAGUGUACUGACUUAAUAUUUUUUAUUUAUUUGAACAAAAAGUAAUUAGGUUAUUGUUUUCCUCUUAAUUAAGUGCAAAAGCGUUGUGUAUUUUGGACAACAUUGAAGUCCCACUUUCAUAUUAAUUUUCUUUUCCAUCACCUUACCAAACAUGAAAAAUGUAAAUAAAUAUAUCACUCAUA